AUGACACAAUUGGAUUCAUUGAACUGUACGACAGAACGGGCCAUCAACAACCGCGUACGCGUGCUAAGACGAGCUGCCGUGCGGCUAGACGGGGGCAUGACCAGCGAAGACCGGACAGAUUGCCGUCCGGCGCUGUCGAGUCGCGGAGCAUUCCCGUCUGGUGCGAAUAUGCGUUCAUGGAUACGUGAGGACGUACGGAGGACGAGGAGCAUGAAUUCGCGGCGAGAGUUGACGGGCAGUGGGGCGGGUGGUAUGCUCGAUGAGCUCGCGGCCGAGAACGACCACCUACAUGUCCUGACGCUUGGGUCCCAUCCGAAGGAAUUCAAUCAGCUUCAAUUCACUACGCACGGUUUAGCUCCGCGGUACCUGGGCAUACGAGAACUGCUUCCGCAUCGCCAGCCUGAGCCCGAUGAGAGGGUCUGCGGUCCAACGCCGUCGAAAACGGUAUUCAUGGAUGCACCGGGAGGACCACGCACCGGGACGGCCACUCAGAGAACACCCGUGUCACUAUUGCCCUCACUUCAUGACGCCAGCCGGCCACAGAAGUGCAAUGUCCCGACGCCCGGGUCUUGCCCAGCGACCGCACGACUGACCUGGUCAUGGACGCACUGUAAACGUAGUGCCGUAGAGCGAGUCCGAGCGGAGGAAGCCCCUAAGUGUCGUGAUUAG